UAAAGAGGGAGAGAGAAGGAAAAGUGGGGAGAGGGAGAGAAAGGACGAGAGAGAUACGCUUCGAGGUUUUUUGCCCAGGGCGACGGACUGUCUCGCUCAUCCUCACGCGUGCGCGCGUGGUGUGUGUGUGUGUUGCAUCCAGACUCUCUGCCUGACUAUUGGUAUCUCGUUGCCCACACCUCUUUUCCCCUCCUCUUCUUCUCCUCUCCUCUCCCCCCCCCCUUCAAAAAAAAAAUCCGGCUUUUUUGGGGGGGGAUUUUUUUCUACCCCUCCUUGCGUCAGCAGCCCAACGUCACUUCGCCGGUGACAGCUCCUUCGGUUUGGGGCUGCAGCAGGAGCCGGGGCGCUUUAUUAUCAGCAAGCGCGUGGACCGGGAGGCGGCGGCGGCGGCGGCGGGGUGACAGCGCCUCCUUGCGCCGGGAGCGGCGAGCGGGAACCGGGCAGGAGCAGCGGAGCUGGGUGGCGGCGGCACUGCAGUUUUGGACAAGGCUCGGCCGCCUAGGCUUGAUCCUCGGACGCUCUUUGAGGGGAGCCGGGAGAGAUUUGGCCGUCUGACCGAAGCCCAGAAGUUGCCGCCUUCCCAGGGAAGGCAGAAAGAGCGGCUGCCCCCGGACGGGAGAGGAAAAGGAUGCGCGAGUGACUGACGGCUCGGUGUCCCGGCAGCCGAGCUGGAUUGAUCGCGCUUGGCGGGCGGGAAGAAGAGCCACCGAGGAGCGGCGGCGGCGGCGGCGGCGGCGACAUGGGGGCCUCGCCAAGGGCAUGGUGGUGUUGGCGGUGGCGGCAGCGGCGGCUUCAGGGUUCGCCCCGGGCGACGGCGAGCGGCUUCUGGAGCUUGUGUUGGCUGAUGCUGGGCGCCUGGCGGGGGCUGCUCGCCUCCGCUUGCCCCACCUCGUGCGCCUGCAGUCCCGAGCGGAUCUGGUGCAGCGAAGCCGCCGCCAGCCUCGUGUCCUUCCCCGUGCUCGGCAAGAGGAGCGAGCGGGAGAAAGUCACCGACAUCUAUAUUGCAAACCAGCGGGAUUUAGAAAGCAUAAAUGAAAUAGAUGUUGGACUGUACACUGGAUUGAGAAAUUUAACUGUGGUGGACUCAGGCUUGAAGUUUGUCUCACGCCAAGCUUUCCUGAAAAAUAUUAACCUACAGUACAUUAACUUCUCCAGAAAUAAGCUUUCAAGUUUGUCCAGGAAGACUUUCCGCCAUCUGAAUUUGACAGAUCUGAUUUUAGAUGGCAACCCUUUCAAGUGUUCCUGUGAUAUUAUGUGGAUCAAAGUAUUCCAAGAGACCAAGUUUCCAAAAGCAGAAACUCAGGAUUUUUACUGCAUAAAUGACUACAACCAGAGGAUAUCUCUGCUAGAGAAGCCCGUUCCAAACUGUGGCAUGCCUUCAGUCAAAUUGAAUACACAAAAUCUCACAGUUGUUGAAGGCAAAACUAUCACUUUAUAUUGUGAAGCCACAGGAAGUCCAUCACCAACGAUAGCUUGGGUUUUCAAUAAUAUUGUUUCAAAACAUGAGAGUGAUACAAAUAAGAACCCUGCUUCUUUUACUAUAAAGAAUGUCUCGUCAAGUGACAGUGGCAUACAGAUUUACUGUAUAGCAGAAAAUAUUGUGGGUGAAGACCAAGCUUCUGUCGACCUCACCGUGUUCUUUGCCCCAAAUAUCACAUUUCUUGAAAUACCAUAUUCGGACCAUCACUGGUGCAUUCCAUUCAGUGUGAGGGGAAAUCCACAACCAGUCUUGACAUGGCUGCACGAUGGGGCUAAACUGAAUGAAUCAGAAUAUAUUUGGACCAAAAUACAUGUAACCAAUCGGACAGAAUAUCAUGGCUGCCUUCAGCUGGACAAUCCUACUCAUGUCAACAAUGGCAAUUAUACUUUGGUGGCACAGAAUCAAUAUGGAAAAGAUGAAGCCAACAUCUCUGCUUAUUUUAUGGAAGAUCCUGGAGGUAAGCAAUACCUGGAAUGCUGGUUUCCAACCCCAGAUGAGACAGAACUUACAGGUAGUCCGUUCUAUGAUCAUCCCGGUUACAUUGAAGAUUAUGGAACACCAACAAAUGAUUUUGAAGACACUACAAAUAAUAGUAACCAAGUUACUUCUACAGAUGUGUCAAACAAAGACAACGAAGAUAGCAUCACUGUGUAUGUUGUAGUGGGGAUUGCUGCAUUGGUGUGCACUGGCUUAGUUAUUAUGCUCAUUAUUCUCAAAUUUGGAAGACAUUCUAAGUUUGGAAUGAAAGGUUCUGUUUUGUUUCAUAAGAUUCCACUGGAUGAAUAAAUGAAAUAAAGAAAAAAGAGGGCUGUUGAGCAUGUUUUUUGAACUUCAGUGCUGCACAUUAGGCAGUUUAUUGUUGUGUCAAUUGCUACACUCCUUGGACCUGUCUGGUAGAAUUGGGUUAUAUUUGAAAGAUCUGGAAGUAUCCAAAAUUUUGGCAACUUCACCACAAAUUCAGCCCUAGGCAGCUAUAAAACUCAAGAAAGCACAAACAUGAACAGUUAUGUUACAUUAACAAUGAUCUUCUUCAUAAAGCUACAUUUCAACACAUUUUUGCUACUUUGAUUUUAUUGUUUGAAUUUAACUACAAAGAUAAUUAAUUUCAUAGCUAUUUAUUAAAGGUGAACUGCAAAUAUUUUGAGUACUAAAAGUAGUAAAUAAAUAAAAUAUUUUAUAUCAUUCUGCAGAAUGUUAAUUUUUAGCCCUUAGAAUAAAUCAUUGAUCUUAGUAGAGCAAUUGAUUAUUUAAACUUGCCCUUCUGUGAGUUGGCAGGCCCUAAAUGUGUAUUAAAAAUAGCUCUGCACAGCUUCUCUAUGUGAGUGGUAUGUAUGGUGUAGAAUGGACUAUGCAUGGCGUAGUAGUAUAGAGUAUGGACUAGUAAUAGUAUGGAGGAGAUCAUCUGACAAGAAUGUAAGCAGUAAAAAAAUCUAUAUAAUUAAUUAACGUGUAUCUAAGUGUUGCUUGACUAUGUGCACUGACAUGUUCUAAAACUGAUCACUUUCCAUGCUGAGCAUCUAUGUUAGCAAAGAAACCAUGUAAAAGCAAGUACUCAUGUUAAUUUGGUCUCUUCCAUCACCAUCUCCAUUAAAUUUACUGAAUUGCUAUCCUGCAAUGUAUAUAGUUCAGAUAAUCAUAGCAUACAUGACCUUCUGUAAUCCAGCAGAAAGCAUUGCAAUUGCUUCCCUAAUAUCUGCUAGCUAUAUUAUCUCGAGCCCUAAACAAGCCCUAUUAAUUUUCUCCCACUUCUUAUCUCUCAUACAUUCUUACGUAUAGUAAGAAAGAAAAUAGCUCUGUAAUAUUGAGAUAAUCUUAAAUUCUUUUAUUCUGGAAAACGAAACAUUUCACAUGCUAUCCUUGUAAAAGUUAUGAAAAAGUUAGUUUCUACUACACUAACACAAGAAGUUUGAUUAUCUUUAAGGAAGAAAAGAUGUUUACAUUUGUUGUUUCCAUUUUAAUUCUAUUACAUGCACCUCUGGAGCAUCUUGAUACAAAUGAGGUGAAUUUUUACUAAAACUUUUCUACUUUUGUUCCAUCCCUCCUCCAGUUUUUAUAUCUCCAAAUUGGCUUGUUAGUUUCCCUCAGCCAAUGACAGAGAAGAAUCUUUCAAUAUUGACAGCCACCUAAUUUUAAAAAUGCUAUUAUUAAAUAAUAGAAAGGUUGACAGAGCUAAUUAUAUUUUUACCUGAUUUCAGUCUCCUCCAAGAUCCAUAUUGUAGUUUAUCUGCAUAGAAUCGAUAGUUGAAGACUAAAUCCCCAAUUUAGAUUUACCAAACUUCUAGUCAGUCACAAAAUUUAAUUCUCCCAAAGUACAUAAGGUUCCAGAUGAACAUUUAGCUACAUAAUAAGUUUAUUUUGCCUGCAAUCUUUCAAUACUUUAUUCUUAUAAUAUUUUGCAGCUUAACUUUACAGUCUCAAGUCUGAUUUUUGGAUAGUUCUACAUGUACUGACAAGAAUAUUUUGGAUCUGUGCAAUUGAGGCAUUUGUUUUUAAUAAAAUAGAAUUCUUUUUUGAACCAUCAAUUUAUAUAUGCACACAGGCAAUGCAGAGUAAACUUUUGGAUGCUUUUGUAUACCAAAUGUAUACAAAGUUUGCCACCAAAUGUAUUGUUCCCAUUGUAAUUUUUCACAGAGGUUUUUGGAUUACAGCACAUGGCUAUUUGUUACUUUUAUUUUGGCAACAACCAAGCCAUCUUAAAUAAUGAAUGAAGCUAGCAUUGUUAAUUAAUUUCCUUUCCAAUAGGGGAACAAAUAAAUCUGAUUCAAACCAGAUUUUGAAACUGAAAAUUGCACUAUGUUGAUUUCAUUGAUUGAUGAAUGAAUCAUAAAUUAUUCUUGUCUGUCACUAGAGAUAUUUUAAUCUACCCAAACAGUAUUGCUUUACAAAUAUCAUGGUUAAUUAUAAAAUUAAUGACCCUUAUAAACCAUAGUGACAGUCAUACUAAGAAAUCAGCCAGGAUCCAUUAAGUUUGUUAGACACUUGAGUGCUCAGCAUUCAAAGUUAAAAUGUUCUUUUCUACUUUACUAGGCAAUAAAAAUUGCUAAUGGAUUAUUUAAAAAAUGUUUUGUACAUUUUAUGCAUUUAUAAGCCUGAACAAGAAAGAUUUGCCCCAGUGUUUAACUUGGAUUUUAUAACCCACAUUGUCAUUUAGAAGAACAAAGGUUGGUUUACUUACACACACACACACACACACACACACACACACACACACACACACGGGGUGGUGGUGGUCGUGCUGUGAUUUAUGAUGAAAUCAGUUCAACUGAGCGUUGUGGGAAUCCUUCUGCCCAGAUGCUUCCACUGGGACAAGCAACAAAGUGCAUGCUAACCCAUUUUUAAUGCUCUAACACCAUCUUGCUUAAAAGGAAAGGAAUUCUUCCACAAAUAAUUUCAUAUAGUGAACUGCUUUGCAUCCUUUGUCAUUUAACUGGUUUGGAAAUUUGUGCUGACAUGGCACAGAACUA